AUGCCUCAGUACACCUCCCGCGAUGUCGGCGAUCCGUCGCAGAUCAAGAAGAACAAGCAGUCAAUGGCCGACCUGAAGCUGAGGCGCCUGACGGAGCUCAACAACCGUCUGCGCGAGGACCUCGAGCGCGAGCGAAUUCCAGUGAGCAAUGCUUCUAAGAGCAUCAUUGCCUACUGCAACGGCACGAGGGAUUACAUGGUUCCCUCUGUCUGGGGAUCCGUUCCCCGGGGCGAGGACCCCUACGCGCCACAACAGAGCGGCGGAUGCUGCGUAUUGAUGUAG